AUAUUCUAUAUAACGUAAUUAGAAUUUUGAAUUAUUUAUUAGUCGUUGCCAGUUGCCAUGGAGAUUUGAGGUUAGUUAAAAUCAAAACCAACUUUCUUGACUUAUUGCAAAGUUUUUAAUGUAUAAUUGUAAUAUUCUAAUUCAAUGGAUAAAGAUCGUGUAGAAUUGAUUGAUAAAAAUGAUGAAGUUAUCCCGCUAUCACCAACUGUUGAUGAGUUUGAUGAAACAGAAUUCAUUGGAGAUAUUUCACCAAACGCCAAAAACUCGGCUUGGAAAGACUCGAACAAUCAGGAAGAAAAGGAGAAAACAUUAUUGGACAGCGAACAUGGGAAAGUAACGGUGGAAUCGGCGAGUAAAGCUAGUACGCCUGCGUCAGCAAAAAAAGAAAGACUGCCUCCUCUUUCAAAGCUCUCCUCUCCUCGUGGUAAUGUUGACGAGAUUCAACAGGUUGGCACGGAUGAUGGCAAGUCAAUGGAUAAGAAACAGCAGCACCUGGAAGAGCCAAAGAGCAGUCGAAGGCAGUCGGUCGGUGAUUGGUCGAUUGAUAGUGGGCGGAGUCUCACCUCCCAAUCAGACAGUCGCUCUUACCGGGAAAGACUCAGAGAUCGUUUUCAAAACAAGGAUCGACCUGGUGGUGGAACGUCAGUGGCGUCGUCUCAGUCAUCUUUUUGGCAGCGUCGUCUCAAACAAAAGUCGCCUGUUGUCUCCAAAUAUGAUGAUUUUUUUCGCAAGGAAGAAGAAGAGAUAAGUGCCGCUUUAGAAAAACAUCAAGAAAUGAGAGUCAAAUGGCAGAAAAUGGAUCACUUGUCAUCUGAGGCAGAAGAGUCCUAUAACUUUUUCACUAAAGUUUGGGAUGAAGAAACAGAAGAAAUAAAAGAAGAAAAACAGAAGAUGUCUCCACCAGCAGGGGAUGACGUGGAAACAGAAGAGCAAACGAGGCUUUUAGCGAGUGACUUUCUCGGUUUACCGCAUGAGAGCAGCUCUGUCCUGGAUCCCUAUGUCUUGCCCCAAGUUGAAGACUCCACUAUGCAACUGCAGAUGGAGGAUGAAAUAUAUUUUUAUCCCACCAAUGACCCUGUUCCUCUAGAAGACAAAAUAGACGGAGAUGUGCCGAUAAGACGAUUAGAAGAAGAGGGAUUAUUUGUUGGCGAUCCGCCGCAGAUUCCGCUGAGCUGGCAAAACAGAGAGCGCUCCUUCCAUACAUGUGACGUCACAUCUUGGAAGUGCGGUGAAGAAAAAUCUUAUCGUUUGGGAGGUAUGUGUCGGAUCGUGCCGUAUGAUGAUGUGCUGAGGACUGAACGUGCUUCAUUUAUGUGA